UUGUAGUCAGACUCCUGCCGGAGCUCCGCCGACUGGAAAGCGCUGGGCAAACCGAGGCUGUUCCCUGUCUUCCGCGCUCGGCUGGGAGCAUGGAUCCCGGGCCCGGGCCCGACGCGACGCCACUGGCCAGCCUGGCCUGGUCCUCGGCCUCGGCGCCCCCGCCGCGGGGAUUCAGCGCGAUCUCCUGCACGGUCGAGGGCGCGCCCGCCAGCUUCGGCAAGAGCUUCGCGCAGAAAUCUGGCUACUUCCUGUGCCUCAGUCCCCUGGGCAGCCUAGAGAACCCGCAGGAGAAUGUGGUGGUCGAUAUCCAGGUCGUGGUGGACAAGAGCUCCCUGCCGCCGGGCUUCUCUCCUGUCUGCGACCCCCUGGACUCCAAGGCCUCUGUGUCCAAGAAGAAACGUAUGUGCGUGAAGCUGGUGCCCCUGGGGGCUGCAGACAUGGCUGUCUUUGAUGUUCGGCUGAGUGGGAAGACCAAGACAGUGCCCGGAUACCUUCGAGUCGGUGACAUGGGUGGCUUUGCCAUCUGGUGUAAGAAGGCCAAGGCCCCAAAGCCAGUGCCCAAGCCCCGAGGUCUCAGCCGGGAAAUGCGGGGCCUCUCCCUGGACCCAUCCAGCCAGCCCAGCAAAAGUAGCUUUCCAGAGCGGACGCUGUCAAGGCUGGGCUCUCGGGCGUCCACCCUGCGGAGGAGUGACUCCAUCUAUGAGGCAUCCAGUCUCUACGGCAUCUCAGCCAUGGAUGGGGUUCCCUUCACGCUGCACCCCCGAUUCGAGAGCAAGAGCUGUGGCCCACUGGCCUUCUCUGCCUUCGGGGACCUCACCAUCAAGUCGCUGGCAGACAUUGAGGAGGAGUACAAUUAUGGCUUCGUGGUGGAGAAGACAGCAGCUGCCCGCCUGCCCCCCAGUGUCUCGUAGCCCCUCCUCCACCCCAGCCACGAGCCCGGUGCUUGAGCCCCGCAGCCUGGUGGCCACCCUGUCUCGCUCCAUCUUGGGAAGCUCUGAGGCACAGGGCGACCCGGACCCUGAGUGUCCGCGCCGGAGCCGCAGCCGAGAGGAGGCUGCUUGGUGGUGGGGUCUCCCGUGCCCAGGCCCUGCAGGGCAGGCGCGGGGCUGGAUGGAAACCAGUGCCUUCAAGUCACACGUGUCAAAACUGUCUGGUGCCUGGAGGUGGCGCGGGCGUCCUUCUGGUAAUAAACACUACCCUGAGGCUGCUCUGUGGAGUCCUGGUCCUGCCCCAGCUCCUCUGGCCCCAGGUCCUCAUCAGGCAUGUGGCAAGCGGGUGGCGUCCUGGCGGGGGCUUCCCUUCUCCAGAGGGGGAGCCGAGGCUCAGGGCAGGAGUGAGCCCGACUGUGGAUCUGCAACCAAGAGCUGCUGUUGAUGUGGCGAUGGCCACGUCCCCAACAUCCACGUACACGAUCCCAGUGGCCUUCCGUCAGCCCAGGGGAAGUCCAAUGUUUGUCACCAAGUUACAGCGGGGAACUGAGGAAGGGGACGGGGAACCGAGGCAGGGGACAGUUGCCCAGAGCUGGGAUUUGAACCCCUGGCCUGCUCUCCAGACCCUCCGGCUGUGCAAGGCAGUCACUCUCAUUAUUUUUGCUAGUUGUGUUCUAUAAAGUUGCCAUAGAA